GCGCUUUUUCCAAUUUCAUAUUGGCAUUUCUAAAUAUGCCGAUGACCACCACCGCAACGAUAGACGAAAACGCCGCCGCCGCCGGUGUUCGGAUCCCUCGCCAUCAACAUCUCCUAGGUUUCCUCCGCAACGUUAAACUCAAGUACCUAAAAUUAGGUUACCAUUGCUUAAUAUCAAAUCUCUUAACCCUAAGUUUAAUCCCGUUAAUCAUAGUCACGUUAAUCCAAAUCUCCCAAACUAAAAACCUCAAUCACCAAUGGCUUUAUCAUCAUCUCCAAUACAACUACAAUUUCUUCACUAUUCUCACAUUCUUUUGUUUCAUAAUCUUCGCUCUCACGCUCUACCAAUUCACGCUGCCACGCGCCGUUUACCUCGUCGAUUUCUCGUGUUUCCGUCCCGCCGAUAACCUCAAAGCUCCUUCCCACCGUUUCAUAGAACAUUCUCUUCUCACCGGCGAUUUCGACAAUUCCUCCUUAGAUUUUCAGCGCAAGAUUCUCCUUCGUUCCGGUCUCGGCGACGAAACCUACGUUCCCGAAGCAAUGCAUUACAUCCCUCCCCGUCCUUCGAUCUCCACCGCGAGAUCUGAAGCUGAAUCCGUUAUGUUUGGUGCAUUGGAUAAUCUUUUCAUUAACACUAACCUAAAUCCUAAAGAAAUUGGAAUUCUUGUUGUGAAUUGUAGUUUGUUUAACCCUACACCUUCACUUUCUUCCAUGAUUGUUAAUAAAUACAAAUUGAGAAGUAACAUUAGGAGUUUCAAUUUAGGUGGAAUGGGUUGUAGUGCUGGUGUUAUAGCCAUUGAUCUUGCAAGAGAUUUGUUGAGGGUUCAUUGGAAUAAUACUUAUGCUGUUGUUGUUAGCACUGAGAAUAUUACUCAAAAUUGGUACUUUGGGAAUAAUAAAUCAAUGCUUAUUCCCAAUUGUUUGUUUAGAGUUGGUUGUUCUGCUUUGUUGCUGUCUAAUAAAUCUGUUGAUAAAAAGAGGGCUAAGUAUAAACUUGUUCACAUUGUGAGGACGCAUUGUGGUGCGGACGAUAAGGCUUUUCGAUGUGUUUAUCAGGAACAGGAUGAUGCAGGGAAAAUCGGUGUUUCAUUGUCUAAAGAUUUGAUGGGAAUUGCUAGUUUAGCACUUAAAACUAACAUCACGAGACUUGGUCCUCUUGUGCUUCCGGUUACCGAGCAGCUUCUGUUUUUUGCUACUUUGAUUUUGAGGAAGUUUUUUAAAGAUGAUGCGAAGCCUUAUAUACCAGAUUUUAAGCUCGCGUUCGAUCAUUUCUGUAUACAUGCUGGUGGAAGGGCUGUGAUUGAUGAACUAGAGAAGAAUCUUCAAUUGCUUCCUGUCCAUGUGGAGGCUUCUAGGAUGACGCUUCAUCGGUUCGGGAACACUUCGUCUAGCUCUAUUUGGUAUGAGUUGGCAUAUAUUGAAGCUAAAGGAAGGAUAAAGAAGGGUGGCAAGGUUUGGCAGAUUGCAUUUGGAAGUGGUUUUAAGUGUAAUAGUGCUGUAUGGGAGGCCCUUUGUGAUGUGAGGCCUUCUCCAAAUGGACCUUGGGAAGAUUGCAUUGAUAAGUAUCCUGUGGAAAUACUCACAUAGCUUGGUUACCAUAUUGGAUAGAAACUUAGAAUUGGAUUCUCUUGUAAUGUUGUUGUCUUGUUCAAUGUACCACUUACACUUCAGAUUGAAUGUGUUUCUGGUGUCCUACACGGAUCAGUGUUGGACACCAAUACUACACCAUGUGUGAUUACAUGUGUAAAUGUCGUGUCCGAUUUCCUUGUUUGUGUCACUGAUUCAUAGGUUGUAGUCUUGUAGAUAUCUUCACUGUAAAUUCAGUAGCUCAGUUUGUGUUUAGUGUCAAAUUUUAGGUGUCUAGAGCAAAAUACGAUAUGGGGAAUUCCUGAUUUUUCUUCUCCCGUAAAUUCUCAUUACGACUUUUCCUC